GUCCACCCCUCACGUUCAAGAACUGCGUUCCCACUUCGAAAUUACCCGAAAUAUUGUAUUUAUAUCGCUUUAUUUAUACUAUGUAGUACUUUAAAACGGAUUUUAAAAAUCCGUUUAAUAUUAAAAGUUCGAAGAGGAUAUUUUCUUCGAAAUAAAUAUCGUAAUUUGUGUUGUGCGCACGGAUAAUUAAGGUUAUGUCGUGCGAGGAAAGCUACUUAGCCAUCAGACGUUAUCUGUCCGACGAGCGGGAGCCGUACGCACCGGGGACCCAUGGCAAUACUAAAAGAAAGAUACGGAAAGCAGCCGCUUGCUAUGUCGUGCGGAAUGGCACACUGUACUACCAGAGAAGGCAGAAGGGCCUGGAUGAAUUCACCGAGUUGGAAGUGGUGUUGCAGGCAGGACGGAGGAAGGAACUUAUCGACGAGUCACACAUUGUGGCCGGAGGAGAGCACCUCAACCAGCAUCACACUUGGGAAUCAAUUUCUCAGAAGUAUUGGUGGAGAGGCAUCCUGAAGCAGGUGAAGGACUACAUGAGACAAUGUAGUCAGUGUCAGAACAGACAGGACCGGAGGGGGCUAUCGGAGGAGGAUACCGGACCCAGGCUGGUUGGCCGACCAGGGAGACGCAGGAGGGUCACAACCCCAGCCAGCGAGGAGGAGGAGGAGGAGGAGGAGGAGGAGGGAGACGACGAGAUGGACUUUGUGACUUCCGUCCAUCACAAGGCCCGGAGCCCCAAAACAGUAGCCAAACACGAACUGGUCUUUGUGGACAGUAAAGGAGUGGUGAAGCAGUACCUUCCCAGACACGGUCAGACGAUGCUGGACAAGCUGAACCAGCAGCGCCUCAACAACCAGUUCUGUGACAUCACGCUGCUGAUCGAGGGGGAGGAGCACAGGGCCCACAAGGCUGUGCUGGCCGCCUGCAGCGACUACUUCAACGAGCUGUUUAUAGAGAAGGGAGCUGUGUCCAGUCACGAAGCAGUGGUCGACCUCUCAGGUUUCAGCAAGGUCAGUUUCCUCCCCCUGCUAGAGUUUGCAUACACCUCCAACCUCUGCUUCAACUUCUGUGUGAUGGCCGACGUUGCCACGCUGGCCCGACACCUUCUGAUGGCCGAGGUCCUUCAGAUCUGUGAGUCCGUCCACAAGAAGGUAGAGGAGCAGAAGCUGAUGGUCUACCAGCAAGGAGACAUCCACACGGUGGUGUCCAGCCAGCCGGCACCCCAACAUGCCCCGAGUGAAGACCCUGGGGCCUACAUUAUGACCAUCGGCAGCGACGGCCAUGCCGUGGUGACUCAUACUGGGCUAGCUGGUGCAGGGGAUGACCUGGACUCCUUGGCUGUCAUGGCAAACACAGCAGAGUCCUUCAGAGGGGAUCUGACGUCUGUAGUCACCCAGGCUCUGGGAGGUGAACCAGGGAAGACUAUGACCGUGGUUGGGGAGGCAGGGUCAGAGACGGUGACUCUAGUCACCCACAGUAGCCAGGCCCGGGUAGGCGAGUCGGUCACCCUCUUCUCCCCUACUGGAGAGACCGAGACCAUGACGGUGGUGACCCACAGCGGCCAGGCCGGAGCCAGUGAGUCCCUGGCCGUGGUGUCAGCCUGUCUGGCCCUGGAGCAGCAGCCGCAAGACGGGGAAGAGGGAGAGGGGGCCUCCCCCUCCAUGGAGCCAGGGGCCUUCCUCAUCAGUGUGGACCCAGGGAAUGUUGCCCCUACAGAGGUGGUCCAUCUGGCUGUAGUAACACCACAGGAGAAUGCGUCCACAACAUCAUCAUCAUCAUCAUCAUCAUCAGCGUCCCAGAAGGCAGAGUCUGCCCCCCAGGCCUCCCUCAAGCCUCCCCCUGCUCCACAACUCCCCAAAAGGAAGAGAGGGCGUCCUGCCAAAGUCAAGCAGGAAGUUGUGGUGGAGCCUCCUGUUGACGAGGAAGUGCCAGAGCCAGUUUCUCCCCCUGCAGAGGAGAUCCAGGAAGAUAUGCAGGGGACCCAUGACCCCUAUAAGAGACGCCUACGGCAGCGUUCCGUGGGGGAGGGAGGGUACGUCAGACUACACAUGGGGCUGGAGAAGGACCCAGCACCCCCACAGCUCCCCAACACCCCCAAGAAGAGAGGCGGAGGCGCCAAGAGACCAGUUCAAGUGAUUGAGGCCGCAGCGACACUGAUCGGGAUGGAGACGGUUGUCCAGACGGACAUGGAGAACAUCCUGUCAGUGGAGGGCGUGGCAGACGGAGCUGAGCCUAUCCCAGAGCAGGCUGUGGGGGAGUGGCCAGAGCAUGGCCCCGCCCAUCCAGGUGGAGGGAGUGAGGUGGAGGGAGAACACGUCUGUUCAGAGUGUGGACUGUCGUUUCAACGACGCUACGCUCUCAUCAUGCACACGCUCAAACACGAGAAGACCAGGCGAUUCAAGUGUAGUUUAUGUAACAAGGAGUUCCAGUACGCGGCCUCCCUGAAGGCCCAUCUGACCAGACACAAGCACCAGAAGAGUCAGAGGCCGCCACUGGUCAGGGUCCCCCAGCCCUACGGUGAGGAGGGCCUCGAGGUGGACGGCAGGACCAAGGGACGCACCAAGAGAGAGUUUGUCUGUGACAUCUGUGGAAAGACUCUUCCCAAGCUGUACUCUCUGAGGAUCCACAUGCUCAACCACACUGGGGUGCGGCCCCACUCCUGCAGGGUCUGUGGGAAGACCUUCGCUCAUAAACACAGCCUGAAGAUGCACAGAGCUCUACAUGACGCUGCUAAACAGUUCCACUGUCUGCUCUGUGACAAGUCCUUCGUUAGUAAGAGAAGUCUGGAGGAACACACCAGCAUUCACACAGGUGAAUCUAAGUAUCUCUGUACCCAGUGUGGGAGGUCGUUCCACCGAGCCUCUGGUCUGAGUAAACACUUAAAGAGGCACCAGCCCAGACCUGACGUACGAGGGUUCCCCUGUAGUCACUGUGAUAGAAGUUUCUUUGAGGCCAAAGACCUGCAGCAGCACAUGAACAAACACCUGGGACUCAAGCCCUUCCAGUGUCAGAUCUGUGGGAAGUCUUACAGCUGGAAGAAGGACUGGUACUCCCAUGUCAAGUCGCACAGCGUGGCAGAGCCUUACAGGUGUAAUGUCUGUGGAAAGGAGUUCUUUGAGAAGGCUCUGUUCAGGAGACAUGUGAAGAAGGCCACACAUGGCAAGAAGGGCAGAGUCAAGCAGAACCUAGAGAGAGAGUGUGAACACUGUGGCAGGAAGUUCACCCAGCUCAGAGAGUACAGACGACACAUUAACAACCACCAGGGAGUCAAACCUUUUGAGUGUCUGACUUGUGGAGUAGCCUGGGCCGACGCCCGCUCUCUGAAGAGACACGUACGCACCCACACCGGCGAGCGCCCUUACGUGUGCCCCGAGUGCCAGGAAGCCCACAUCGAUGCCCGCUCCCUACGGAAGCACAUGACCAAGUACCACGGCGACCUCCUGCCGGGGAAGAUCAUGCUGGAGAAAGAUACGCUACAGUUUCACAACCAGGGUACUCAGGUGGAACACGCCGUCUCCAUCCUGGCGUCCGAUCUCCCCCCCGAGCUCCGGCCCGUCCAGCCGCCGCCGGCCGAGGAGAUCGAGACGGUGCUGAUCACGGAGGAGACGGUGGAGGCAGUAGAAGCGGUUCAGGCCGUACAGGGUGACGGGGUCGCGACCUUGUCGGACCAGAGUAUCAUGCAGGUGGUGAACUAUGUGCUGUCCCAGCAAAGUGUGCUGCCUGGGGGGGUGAAGAUGGAGGGAGAUGGAGGGCAGGAGGUAAUGCAGACCAUGGAGCAGCAGGAGGGAGAUGGAGGGCAGGAGGUAAUGCAGACCAUGGAGCAGCAAGAGGUUAUGCAGACCGUGGAGCAGCAGGGGGUAAUGCAGACCAUGGAGCAGCAGGAGGGAGAUGGAGGGCAGGAGGUAAUGCAGACCGUGGAGCAGCAGGAGGUUAUACAGGCCGUGGAGCAGCAGGAGGGAGAUGGAGGGCAGGAGGUAAUGCAGACCGUGAAGCAGCAGGGGGUAAUGCAGACCAUGGAGCAGCAGGAGUUUAUGCAGACCGUGGAGCAGCAGGAGGGAGAUGGAGGGCAGGAGGUAAUGCAGACCGUGAAGCAGCAGGGGGUAAUGCAGACCAUGGAGCAGCAGGAGUUUAUGCAGACCGUGGAGCAGCAGGAGGGAGAUGGAGGGCAGGAGGUAAUGCAGACCGUGGAGCAGCAGGAGGUAAUGCAGACCAUGGAGCAGCAGGAGGUUAUACAGACCAUGGAGCAGCAGGAGGGAGAUGGAGGGCAGGAGGUAAUGCAGACCGUGAAGCAGCAGGGGGUAAUGCAGACCAUGGAGCAGCAGGAGUUUAUGCAGACCGUGGAGCAGCAGGAGGGAGAUGGAGGGCAGGAGGUAAUGCAGACCGUGGAGCAGCAGGAGGUAAUGCAGACCGUGGAGCAGCAGGAGGUAAUGCAGACCGUGGAGCAGCAGGAGGUUAUACAGACCAUGGAGCAGCAGGAGGGAGAUGGAGGGCAGGAGGUUAUACAGACCGUGGAGCAGCAGGAUGGAGGGCAGGAGGUAAUACAGACCAUGGAGCAGAAGGAGUUUAUGCAGACCGUGGAGCAGCAGGAGGUAAUACAGACCGUGGAGCAGCAGGAGGUAAUACAGACCGUGGAGCAGCAGGAGGUAAUACAGACCGUGGAGCAGCAGGAGGUAAUACAGACCGUGGAGCAGCAGGAGGUAAUACAGACCGUGGAGCAGCAGGAGGUAAUACAGACCGUGGAGCAGCAGGAGGUUAUACAGACCGUGGAGCAGCAGGAAGUAAUACAGACCGUGGAGCAGCAGGAGGUAAUACAGACCGUGGAGCAGCAGGAGGUUAUACAGACCGUGGAGCAGCAGGAAGUAAUACAGACCGUGGAGCAGCAGGAGGUUAUACAGACCAUGGAGCAGCAGGAAGUAAUACAGACCGUGGAGCAGCAGGAGGUUAUACAGACCAUGGAGCAGCAGGAGGUAAUACAGACCGUGGAGCAGCAGGAGGUAAUACAGACCGUGGAGCAGCAGGAGGUUAUACAGACCGUGGAGCAGCAGGAGGUUAUACAGACCGUGGAGCAGCAGGAGGUAAUACAGACCGUGGAGCAGCAGGAGGUAAUACAGACCGUGGAGCAGCAGGAGGUUAUACAGACCAUGGAGCAGCAGGAAGUAAUACAGACCAUGGAGCAGCAGGAGGGAGGGCAGGAGGUAAUACAGACCAUGGAGCAGCAGGAAGUAAUACAGACCAUGGAGCAGCAGGAGGGAGAUGGAGGGCAUGAGGUUAUGCAGUCUGUUGAGGUAACUCACAUGGCAGAGGUGGAGGGAUGUGACAGACGGCACCUAGUAGACUGACUCAGUCACGAGGCCAGUGUUUCCCAAACUCAGUGCACAUUUUGGUUUUUGCUCUUAACACGACACAGCUAUUUAAAAUGACCAACUCACCAUGGAGCUUUGAUCAUUUGAAUCAGCUGUGUCGUGAUAGGCCAAAAGCUAAACAUGCCCCCCCCUUUGGCACUUUGGUGACGGCCAUUUCCUGAAAUCUAGAGCAACAAAAAAGGCCUUGAAUGAUAAAUAAAGUUUUAAAAAAGAA